AUGAACACGGCGGGCGAAGUAGAUUUUGUGGCGGCGGAGAUGGCUGAGCCGCAGUACGUUAACGCGAAGACGGCGGUGUGGUGGGACAUAGAGAAUUGCCAGGUCCCCAAGGGUGUCGACGCUCAUGGAAUUGCGCAGAACAUUAGUUCGGCCCUUAAAAAACUGAACUAUCGUGGCACGGUCUCAAUCUCCGCCUUCGGCGACACCAAUCGUAUCCCUCUUGCCAUCCAACAAGCCCUCAAUUCCACCGGAAUCGCCCUCAAUCACGUCCCCGCCGGAGCGAAAGAUGCGAGUGACAAGAAGAUUUUAGUGAACAUGUUUUGCUGGGCACUGGACAAUGCUGCACCUGCAAACUUCAUGCUAAUCUCCGGUGACAGAGACUUCUCCGACGCUCUUCACCAGUUGAGACUGAGAGGUUACAAUGUUCUCUUAGCUCAGCCUCGCAAGGCAUCGGUGCCGCUAGUUCACGCCGCAAGAACAGUGUGGCUAUGGACAAGCCUAUCAGCCGGAGGAAACCCUCUCUCACGAACUGAAAGCUUAAAGCUUAUUGCCAAUUGUGAACCAUCAAGCCAACCUCUGGAGUCGAAUACUGACACGAGAAGGAUUCUUGAUAACAAGUUCAAGGUCAAAUACGUUCCAAAACCGUCGAAUCACCAGCCUGCAGCCGCACAAAAGGUUCAAGAAACCAAGCCUAACAAUAGCUACCAAUACCGUCCGCAGCAGAACAGUCAAGUGAAGGUGAUUAAGAAACCUCAUGAGUUUUUCACAAGCAAUGAGCCAUCAUCUGCUUCCUCUGCUCCCAUUUUACCUUCAAACAAUGUCAACAACUCUUUCCCUGGUAACGUGAUGAGUAAUCCUCAGAGUCAGUACAACAACUAUCCUCCUAGACCUGAACCACCUGGUCCAUAUCCUCCUAGUCAACCUUACCCUAACCCUGAUCCUUCUUGGAAUAAUAAUGGAAGUAACAUCCCAAACCAUGCGCCGCAGAACUAUUACCAGGUGCCGCCUUAUGGUAAUGGUAAUGGUUACCAUCCUCCUAUUGGUAAUGGUUUCCGUCCUAGGUUUCCCCCGACUCCACCUCUCAUGGCUGCACCUGAUAUCAGCAAUCUAAACGUGUCUCAGUACUCGAAUCAAACUCAGAAUCGUCCUAGUUUCAAUCCUCAAGUUAGACAAGAGUUUAGACCAAAGACGGAGUCUUCAUAUCCUCCUAGCUUAAACGGCGCUCCAAAUAAAGUUUAUUUUCCACGGAGUAGUAGUGCAACCACAGGCUCUUCUACUCCUAGAGUUUCACUUUCACCUUCUCAGCCUCCAGUGGCUAGUACUGGAACUGGUUCCAGCAAUGGGUGGGGAACACAAGAGUGUCCACCACCAUCGGAGUAUGUUCAAGGACUUAUAGGCGUUGUCUUGCAUGCUCUAAACAUCUUGAAAACCGAAAAAGUUAUGCCUACCGAGCCAAAUAUCUCGGAAUGCAUUCAUUAUGGAGAUCCAAAGCAUCGUGGUACCGAUGUAAAGAAAGCUUUGGACAGCGCAGUGGAGCAUCGUAUGAUCAUGGUGAAUUAUAUGGGUAAAGUAAAGUUCUACAUUGGCAAAGAUGAAAAUCUAUGGAACUGUGUUAAUCCUUCAGGGACUAACGCUAAGCAAUACCCAAAAGCAACUUGGGAUAAGUUACAACAGUUUCUAGCAUCGCCUUCUGGGCGGGUGGCGAUUAUGGCAGCUAAUUGCAGGUAUGAAGCUGCACAAAAUCUGAAAAGGGAAUGCCUAAAAGAGUAUAGUUUAGGUGACGUAAUUCAGAUCUUGAAUAUAACAGCAACCACAAAGAAAUGGAUUGCUCAUCAUCAAACAGGAUGGAAACCAGUUAAUAUCAACCUUGCUGCAGAGACUACAGACAUGAAAGCUACUGAAAAAGCUACUGAAACCAACCUUGCUGCAGAGAUUACAGAUAUGAAGGCUACUGAAAAAGCUACUGAAACCGUGACAGGUAUCGAAACUGUUGCCUGA